GCACAGUGAAAGGCUUGAGGAAAACAGAAAGGACUGGAUUGCACACCUUUCACAUUGCUUUGUUGGAUGCACAGCUAGACUGGAAUAUGUGCUUCUGGAGCCAAGCGAACUUUAGAGGCACAUGAACAUCUGGGUUCAGCUACUCUUCAGCUCAUAGGUUUCUCUGCUCAACACUUCCAUUUUCUCUUAAUCUGCUCCUGUGGAUCUACAUGAUGAGUGACAGCAAAGAGAAACCCAAGGGCAGCAAAAAAGAGCCCAAAGUCAAGCCAAAGCUUGACAGCAAGGGUAGCUUCAACGUGGGAACUUCAGAGCAACGACAGAAGCCUCUUAGGAGAAGCCGCAGCAAUGAUGCGGAAAACCGCCGUCAUCAAAGUAGCAGAGGAAGAGAACGGGACCAGAAAGAGGGUGGAAGGCAACAACGUGGUCGCAGCGAGGAGAGAAGGGUGCAAGACCACAACCAUGAGCCUGGACACCACAAGAACGAGCAACCCAGCGAUGAUCUGCUGGACACGGAGUGCAUUGUGUGCUUCUGCAGCUUUGACAAUGUCUUCAAAGCUCCCAAGUUACUCUCCUGUGGACACACGUUCUGCCUGGAAUGCCUGGCGCGCAUCAACGUGAAUUCUCCAGAGAUCAAGAUGUUGACUUGUCCGAUCUGUCGGGAGCCGACGGAAAUCCGACGCGGUCGAGAUCUACCACAGUUGGGAAAUAACGAAGGCAUCUUCCGCAAACUUCCGGCUGAGAUGCAACGGGUGCUUUCUGUGCGCUUUAAACGCAGCAAGGGCAAACUCGUCCUCAAGAAUCCGCCAACAAACAGCUCUAUUAACACCACUUUAAAUCUGCCGGUGUUUAAGAAGAAAGAGGAGCAGGCUGGCGGUAAUACGCUUGGAGUCAUGGAGGAAGGCCUUGGCCAGGCGACUAUGAUCGACGUGGGAAGGCCGCCAAGCAGGAUGAGGGGUCGCAUGAGAAGGUUAAUGUAUUCCAAUCAGUGCUAUUAUACCGUCGUUGCAGCCAUCAUCGCAAUCACUGUGGGUUUAAUGCUGGUGGGCAUCUUCACCUUUGUGGUGCCUUAUAUGAAAACUAAACCAUCCCAGAACCAAACUUCCCCAAACCCGUUGCCUUGAGAGAUGAGGAAACUGACAGCGCACAAGAAGGAUGACGUUCAAAGCAAAACAAGCUUGUUGCAUUGAACACAACACAGCAUUUUUAUUGCUUUUGUGUAAGAUGCUUCAGACAGGCUCGAUAGGAAUGAACUGGAAAAACUUGAACAUAUGAUGCACUGAAGUCUGUUGAGCACGGACGUAUUUUGCACAAACUGAGACAUUGUUUUGGAAAGGUCUUUAAGAGCAAGAGCUAAUGAUGAUGACUAUUCUGAACAGUGAUGAACUGUAUUUUUCAAACUAUAAAUCAAUGGAAGUAAAAAAAGUAUAUAUAUAUAUAUAUAUAAUAUAUAUAUAUAU